AUGGAGGAUAUCGGUGGGAAGGAGAAGCCGCCGGGGGAUCCACCGGAUGUUCCUGGGUCAUGGGUGAGGAAAGUAGUAGGAAGCAGUGAAGGAGGGAUGCCCGUACCAGAGGAAGUUGUUGAUGAGAGAUUUGUGGAGUCGAGAUUGAGUUUGGAGUUCCCGAACGGGGAAGAUGGAGAACCAGUGAUAACAAUAGGAGAGGAAGUGUUGACAGCAAUGAAUAGCUUGUGGAAGAGGUGCAUGAUUGUUAGGGUUUUGGGAAGAAACGUUCCAAUUCUGAGCCUGAGACGUAAACUCAUAGAAUUAUGGAAGCCUAAAGGGUCGAUGUUUGUGAUGGAUCUCCCAAGACACUAUUUUAUGGUACGCUUUGAGUUAGAGGAAGAGUACAUGGCUGCAUUAUCAGGAGGUCCAUGGAGGGCGUUUGGUAGUUACCUUAUGGUGCAAGCAUGGUCUCCUGAGUUUGAUCCGUUGAAGGAUGAGAUCGUUACGACGCCAGUUUGGGUUCGAUUAUCUCAUAUUCCAGUGAACUUCUACCAUAAGACGAUUUUGAUGGGCAUAGCUAAGGGGCUAGGACGACCAAUCAAAGUAGACUUGACAACCUUGAAAUUCGAGAGAGCUCGUUAUGCGAGAAUCUGUGUAGAGGUGAAUUUGAAUAAGCCUUUAAAGGGGUCAGUGAUGGUAAAUGGUGAGAGGUACUACGUCUCAUAUGAGGGAAUCUCUGCUAUUUGCUCAAUGUGUGGUAUGUUUGGACAUCUUGUCCACGCAUGUCCAAAGAAUGUUACGGAGCGAGCUCUUGCCCCGGUGCCUAGUCCUACUAUGACGCAUGCUGGGCCUGAAUCCAUGGGAAGGGAGACAGAGUUUACUCAGGUGAGACAGGUGAGGAGGAAGCCUGAGCAAUCAAGAACCGUAGGGGGCUCGAUGCGACGUCAGGAGGAGCGGAGUGUGGGGGGAAGGAGAACACGGGAAGUACGUAAGGAGGGAGUGUUGGAGGAACUUAGCGUGUCAAAUCGGUUUGGAGGUUUGGAGGAUGAGGGGGAGAAGGAGGAGCUUGCGGAGGUUGGUGUGAGAAAGGAAGGAAAUAAAGAAAAUGAGAACACCGAGAACCUAAACUGGGAAGGUCCGAGUAGGGUGCAUGGGAAGACUAUGACGUUUGUAGCAAAUGAGAAGGAGGAGAACCAGGCCUCAAUUCGAUUGGGACCUAAAGUAAGGAAAGCAAGUAAUAUGAGAAGUACACAGUCCCAAAAGCCCAAAUCAAAACUGAUUGGGCCUACACGUGGACUGGUAUACGGUCCAACUACAGAAGGGAUCGACAUGUCUGCUAGUGGAAAGAGACUGAGAGUAGAGAAAGAGAGUAUCGGCCGACCGGGUGGAGUCUUCACCGGAGUUAGUGACGUAGAAGGGAAGGAGAGGAGUCCCGACCAUGCUGAGGAGCAGAGGAGUAUGCAGGUGCAAAUUGCACAGAUGGAGACCCCCCAGAUUGCUACAUCGGAUUCCUGUGUGGAGCAAGUGGGAGAGGCGUUGACGGGUACGGAGGCAUAA